GCUGAACUGUGAGGGUGGAGAGGGUGCAGACGACACCUUGAGCCCUCCACAAGUCAUGCUUCUCGCUUAAUUCUUUACCUGAAUUUACCUGAGAAGCACUUUAGCAAUAUAUACCUAAUUUAUUAAGAGUUAUUUACGUUCUUCGUUAUUGAAGGCCACCACAGGCGCUUGUGUAGAUAAGAAUGGCAAAGCAUCUUGCUCAACUCCUUGUUGCUGGUGUGCAAGUGGUGGGCCGGGCCUUUGUUAAAGCCUUGAGGCAGGAGAUCGCAGCGAGCCAAGCUGCAGCACAGAGAGCAGGCGGGGGAGCUGCUGGAGCUAAGCAUUCGGCAACUAACCAGAGGUUAGGAAUGAGCUUGGAAGAAGCAAAACAAAUACUUAAUGUUGAGGAAUUGGAUAUAGAAAGAAUACACAAGAACUAUGAAUAUCUUUUUAAUAUUAAUGAUAAAAGCAAAGGAGGAUCAUUUUAUAUUCAGAGUAAGAUGCCCAUGGAAGGAAGGCAGCAGAGAGCGGGUGUCUUGGCCGUCUCCUCAGCAGCUCACAUGGGGAUGCUGGCAAGGGAGACUAUGCCUCUAAAUUCAAUCUCGGCAUGGCAGACUAGAUCAUAUGCCACAUCUUCCCUUACUUGGGACGCUGUUUUAUCAGAGGCUAAUCGAAAGAGUUGCAUCAGCCGUAUGGAGAAGAUAAUUGUUUCUAAGAAAUUUGGGCAUGAUUUUCAUAAGUUUGCUGCUGUGCUAGUCCCUAUGUGUCAUGUUGAUGGAGAAUUGUCAAUGUUACUUACUGUGAGAUGCAGAAACUUGAACAGUCAUGGGGGAGAAGUUUGCUUCCCAGGAGGCAUGGCUAAUGUAGAAGAUAAUGAUCUUGUAGAUACUGCUUUAAGGGAAGCUGAAGAGGAAAUUGGUAUUGAUAGAUACAAUGUUGAUAUAUGGGGAAUGACAGCGCCUCUUUCUAGCAAGUUGGGGGACACUUCUGUCAGGGGAGUUUUAGCAUAUCUGGGACAUAUUGAUCCAUCAGCUUUAAAAUUGUGUGAAGAUGAAGUUGAAUCAAUAUUUGCUGUCUCUCUCAAAAGUCUUUGCAAUUCCCAGAAUACAAGACAAACUCAGUUCCGAUCAGUGAAAAUACCAAAGGGAUUCACCAUGCCAGUGUAUAUAGGAUCAUAUCCACGAAUAUGGGGUUUAACUGCUCUUAUAAUACACAUUACCCUUAUAUCACUUCUUCCUGGGCUAUAUACACACAAGUUAUUACAUUUGCCACCACUGACUAAUAUAUAAUUGAUAAUAUUUUUUGUAUAGCAUAACUUACUCAAAUGAACUAAUUGGGACCAGACCUCAUGCAGCGUGUCAAAAAUUCCAGUUCUUGUAAAGAGCUUUUCAAAACCUUUUGCUACAAAUGAUGAAAUGCAUUUUUGUACGUAUAAUAUGGACAAUCAAAUAUUAUAUAAACAACUUUAAAUAUAAUCGAAGGUAACAUAGAUAAGAAGAUUACAAAAUUGUGGAACUUAUUUGAAACUUUUUGUUUACAUGCCUAAGAAUUAUUGACAGUAGUUCUUGAGAUGUGUGUGCAUGAAGAGUGUAUACAGUAAAGUGGUCCUGUAUGCAGUGUAAAAUGAACUACAAAUAUGAGGCUGCACAAACUAUGCUACAUAAAAAAGCUGCAUAUUUAUAUCACAAAUCACUAAUGCCAUUGCCAGUUACUUCGCUCUUUAAGCAUGGGAACUUCUCAUUUGAACAUUUCCUUUCAUGUUAACACAUCUUACCACUACCUGGUUUAGCCUGACUACCCCAACUGGCAGACGUCUUUUCAAAUUACAAAGGAGAAAAACGUCUUUACAAAUGAUGUAGGAGAAAAACUUUAGUAUUGUACUAAAUUCACAAACCAUGAUCAGAGAGGGAUAGGCACAUGGCCAGACAGUCACAGUAGGAUGUGCAGCCAUUUGCCCCUCCAGUACAAGGAGGGGCAAAAGACCUAGGGGUUCAGACGGGACAAGUCCAGAAUGAACCGCAUGUCCUCACAGUCCCGUUUCGGAACUGGAAACUGGCGGGAAACCCACCUGGGGGACGCCGUCGUUUCAACCACCCAAAUGAACCCACUCCAGAAUGACCCAACAGAGCAAAGGGGAAGAGGCCUGCCCUGCCAGCCCCUCCAGCCCUGAUCCCCCUGAAGGAGGGGCCACCCAGCUGCACUGCAGGCCAGAGGAAACGACCCAAAAUGCCCAUAAAUCGUGGGACCAGGCGAGAGCAAACAGCAUGAGCCUCCCCCCCAUUACCGUCAACGGGGCGUAUUGCAAAAGGGCCGACGACUCUUAUGAGAGCCCGAACGACGCUCAGAGCGAUAACUGCGCCGACCAGACACUGACGGCUCUGCAGAGGGGCCGGCCCCGAAACUGGCACAACUGGCUUACGACGACCGAAGGAACCCCGAACCUUGACACGACCCUUCUGGGCAGGACCACCACGGCCCCUCUGGAGGCCCAACAAGUCCAACAUAAGCCAGCAAAUAGGUGAAGCCGCCUGCAGAAAAUGCGUCACCGCAGACUAUGCAAACAGCAAUGGACAAAAAGGGAAUGAAAAUCUAAGCGUCAGGGCCUAAGCGGAUUCCAAUGAGUGGAUGAGCACCGCCUGCUGGCAUGCGAAGCUUGAGCAAAGAAGCGAGACACCGCUUCCUUCAGAAUCGGCGCAAACAACUUCAACAAGGCAGCUGAUGCCCAUACUGCCGAGGCAAGCCCAGAAACGAGCUCCUCCACAUCCUCUUCAAGCCAGUCUGAAGACAGCUCCAGGAGGAAAAAAAUUGCAAGACCGAAGCCAAAUGCCCACAGGCGCGCAAACCCUCAGCCACCAAGGAUGUUAAAAUGGAGGGAACCUGCACGUGAAGCUGGCCAAUAUCACAAGGAAGCACAGAAGCGAACAAGUAUGCAUUGAGGUGCUCAAACUCACCCCCAAGGUAAACCUGAACAACAGUAGUCAACUCCCGCCCCUCCAGCAUGCGUGUCCGACAGAAUGCAUACCACGCCCCCAAUGAAAAGAAAGGGCAGUCUGCCAGCCAGGCAGACCUCUUGACACCUUGUAAUGCACCCAGUAAGGAAAAGAGGAGCCAAACUCAAAAGAAGGAGGAUCCAUUAUCAAGCCAAAAUCCAAGUCUCGCAGGAGGUAAGCUGCAAGGGCCUCCCGCGCCUCCCUCGGUGGGAUGCAGGUGGCUGAAAACCUCCAGGAGGUGGUUUUCGAGGAACCCAAGGGAAACCAGGGAGGAGUCGAACUUAUAUCAAACUUGUACAGGGAGGGUGUAUAGGAAAACCCCUCCACCCCCUCCACCUGUAACAACAAGCCUCCCGCCGAGGGUACCAACACCCAAGUGGGGUCAAACGGGGCCCAAGCCCCUCCCCCCAAGUCAACUCCUCCCCAGCCCCGGGAUCCUCCACAUCAGGACUCUGGGCCAAGCAGUUUUCCAAACCCUCUGCCUCUGGAGAAAAGGCAGAGUCCACCGGAAAAGCAGGGAUGUAGGGCGUGAUCCAAAAGCUCUGGCAGGAGGAACAGGCUCGAAUGCCUCCGUCGUCGAUCUGGAAGGGGCAGUCGAGCCGCCCGAGUCUCACAACCAAGAAAACCCUGCCCUGGCUCUGAAACCCCCAGACGUUUGGGAGCCAGGAGCAGGGAAGGGGUGGGGGUGGGGGCAGGAUAGCAGGGAAAGGACAAGGGGGGCACGGAUGAAACCAAAGUUGAGGCGACUAACACCCCCCUCAAGUCAGGGUCCCUAUAACCAAAUUGGGGCAGCUGCGGGGCAUUGGGAAAGGCAACCAACCUAGCUUGUUGCAGCAACCUAAACCGCACAUGCAGCGCUGAAGCUGCCUGCACCCAAAUAUCAACAUCAGUGAACUGGGUAAAUUUGAGUACAAGCAAGGAACACCACUUGCAGGACUCCGGGUCAAAGGUGUCAUUGAACCAACAGGCAGCAUGGCAUAGGCAGAUGGUGAGUGUCACCCUAAGACAAGGAGACAAAACUUGCACAAAGCGAGGUGGGACUCGGAGGUCUCCUCCAUUGGACUAGUGAGCCCCAAUGGGGGUUUUCAGAGCUCUUAGGCUGACUGCUAAGGGAAGCCCAGGCAAGGUACUGCUAACCAGUUAUCCCAGAGCUACAAAGCAAACAAACAAAAAAGCUGAACCCCUGUGACGUGUGCAAUCAUGGGGUCUUGGUGGAGGGCCACCAAAAUCAUACACGUAGUCCUACAGCCACACCAGGCAGACCUCCACCAGGCA